AGCAAUCUCUUUUGUGUCACUGGUAGGAGGGGUUGAGUACAUGCUCGGCGAAUGCGUUCCUUUCAAGAGAGGAAGAAUUUGCCUGCCUACUGAAACUCUGCGAAAAAAGUCAUCAUUUAUGAGUACCAAGGAGGGAGUGAGAGAGGUGCAGCUGAGAGAGACAGCCUUUUAGAGCUCUGAGGCAGAAGUGAUGGAUUCAGCUCGCCAAAAAGUGACAGUCUUCUAAAAGGGCCAAAGGCAGCACACAGACCGCCCUGGACUUCACCACUUUCCAUAGAUUCCAUCAGGUAGCUGAAGUUAGCAUUGUUUCUUACAGUUGUUUGAUCCUUGAUCUGGAUAGUCAAGCUUAUGCGGGGCACAUGAUAGCUUUUUUAAUAAAAGCCUUGAAACAACGUGUACCUUUCUGCUGCUGGAAUGGACCAAGGUGACAGAAAGUGAGUAACCAGACUGGGACAGAGCACUGGAACACGAAGUUGGGUCACGAGGAAUGACUUUCUAUCAAAAGGAACUAGAGUUGGCUCAGCCCGGAGAGCAAGGCAACUGAGGGAGUCUCAUCCAUCCGUGUCAGUUUUUCUUGCUUUGUGUGUUGGACUAAAUCUAAUGGAUACCCCUUCAAUGGUCCUGCUGGGGCUCCUUGCAUAUGGCCUUGUCUGUCAGAUUCAAGGGAGUGUUUCAGACAGCCGCCACAGUAGUGCAGGGGCCCAAGAAUUUGAGAGUAGUGAUGACGGCUUCGAGAGAGAAUUUUUCUAUGCCGGAAGGAGCAAACGUGCGCCUGCUGCUGACCAGCAGCAGGACAAGUGUUCUUACACUUUUAUUGUGCCGCAGCAAAAAGUAACGGGGGCUAUCUGUGUCAACUCCAAGGAGCCGGAGGCCACGCUGGAGAAUCGGGUCCACAAGCAGGAGUUAGAGUUGCUAAACGUGGAGCUCCAGAAACAAAAAAGCCAGAUUGAGACUCUGCAACAAAUGGUAGAAGUAGAUGGCGGCAUCGUUAACGAGGUCAAGCUUCUGAGAAAAGAAAGUCGAAACAUGAAUUCGAGAGUCACCCAGCUGUAUAUGCAACUGCUCCAUGAGAUCAUCAGGAAAAGAGACAAUGCCCUUGAAUUAGCACAGAUGGAGAACAAAAUCCUUAACCAAACUUCCGAGAUGCAGCAGCUCACCGGCCGCUACCGAGACUUGGAACAUAAGUACCAACAUCUGGCUUCUUUGGCCACUAACCAGUCAACUCUUAUUGCCCUGCUGGAGGAGCAGUGCCAGGGUCAGCCUCCUCCCAGACACGUCCCUGUGCCACAGCCCCGGUCUCAACCACCUCGGGCAUCACCACCUCUCAACAAGCCUUACCAGCCACCGGUCCUACCUCGCAUCACCAAGCCACUCAGCAAUGAGAUACAGAAUGAUCAGAAGUCUCUUCCACCUCCAACUAUGCCUACGAUUACACACGACCCAUCUGCCACUGACAAACCCUCUGGUCCAUUCAAAGACUGCCUACAGGCUCUGGAAGAAGGUCACAGCAACAGCGGCAUGUACUUGUUAAAACCGGAGAAUGCCAAUCGUCUAAUGCAGGUGUGGUGUGACCAGAGACAUGACCCGGGUGGCUGGACCGUAAUCCAGAGGCGAGUGGAUGGCUCUGUCAACUUUUUCAGGAACUGGGAGACAUACAAGCAAGGGUUCGGAAAUAUCGAUGGCGAGUACUGGCUCGGCCUGGAAAACAUCUACUGGCUGACUAACCAGGCCAACUACAAACUGCUGGUAACGCUGGAGGACUGGUCCGGCCGCAAAGUGUUUGCAGAGUACGCCAGCUUCCGAGUGGAGGCCGAGGCUGACUUCUAUAAGCUCCGGUUGGGCCGUUACCACGGCAACGCCGGCGACUCCCUCACUUGGCACAACGGGAAACAGUUCACAACACUGGAUAGAGACCAUGAUGCGUAUACAGGGAAUUGUGCCCACUACCAGAAGGGAGGCUGGUGGUACAACUCCUGCGCCCAUUCUAAUUUAAACGGAGUCUGGUACAGAGGAGGACACUACCGAAGCCGCUAUCAAGAUGGGGUCUACUGGGCCGAGUUCAGAGGGGGAGCCUACUCCCUAAAGAAAGUGAUCAUGAUGAUCCGGCCAAACCCAAACACUUUCCACUAGCUAUCAAAAUGCAUUUUUUACCAGGAAUAUAAAAAAACAACCACACAGACACAUGUAAAGGAUGCAAGGUGUAUUUAUCAACAUAAAAUUUAUUUUUUAUGGUUCUUAGUAAUGGUACAUUACUCAGGUACAUCAGUGUAUAAUGCAUCCAUCCAUCCAUUUUUCUACCGUUUGUGCAGUUUACUUGAAAUGUUCCCUGCCUAAAAAUAAAUAUGUUGUAUAUUAUAUGAGCAAACGAACACAUGCUACAUUAAAGAGACCUACUUCUACUUUUGUAAGCACACAACAACAAUGUAAAUAUCUCUCUUUUAAGGUAAAAAUCAAUCAAUAGGAAAGGAAAUGAAGCUUUAUGCCAGUUUCUCACACUGUGGUACCGGGCCUCAGCUUGGUGUACCCCAAAUAAUCACUUAAUCAAAUAUAUAAACACAGUGUUACUGUUCAAAAAAAUAUUAAAUAUUAAGUUAAAGUACCAAUGGUUGUCACACACACACCAGGUGUGGUGAAAUUUGUCCUCUGCAUUUGACUCAUCCCUUGAUCACCUCCUGGGAGGUGAAGGGAGCAGUGAGCAGCAGCUGUGCCGCGCCCGGGAAUCAUUUAUGGUGAUUUAACCCCCAAUUCCAACCCUUGAUGAUGAGUGCCAAGCAGGGAGGCAAUGGGUCCCAUUUUUAUAGUCUUUGGUAUGAUUCGGCCGGGGUUUUGAACUCACAACCAACCGAUCUCAGGGCGGACACUCUAGUUAGAUCAAACUUCUGCUUUGUUUUUAAUGAAUAAUCAGGCCUGAUACGCAACUGUAUUCCAAUAUCGGUCAUUAUAGUGGUAUUUGGACAGCGAAGGUUUUUUUCCGAGGUAUGACUUGGUGAAAAAAGUUUGAGAACCACUGCUUUGUGCAAUAUUUCAAAAUACGCUACAUGGCCCUAAUAAAAAUAUAAUAGUUAAUCAAUCAAUGUUUAUUUAUAUAGAACUAUAUCACAAGUGUCUCAAAGGGCUGCACAACGACAUCCGCGGUUCAGCGCCCGCAUAAGGGCAAGGAAAAACUCACAACCCAGCGGGACGUCGAUGAGAAUGACUAUGAGAAACCUUGGAAAGGACCGCAAAUGUGGGUAACCGGAGACCGGAUGGAAUGGACGUCGAGUGGGUCUUACAUGAUUCUGUGAGAGUCCAGUCCAUAGUGGCUCUAACAUAAUAGUGAGAGUCCAGUCCAUAGUGGAUCUAACAUAAUAGUGAGAAAAUAAGACUCGAUAAUGUUUGGUCUGCAUUAAAAAGUCUGGAAGGCAAUUAAGUAACAUCAAAUGUUUAAGAAGUCAUUAUUAGAGUCUUGAAUUCAGGUAUGUUACACCUAUUCAGUUGACCUUUGCGUGACAGAAAGGCAAAUGUUAUGCAUAAAGGCAAUCCUAUUAAAAAGGGAACAUUAUGAAAGAUGUCCACACGUUGUAUGAAGUACCAGUGACACAGGAAACCUAUCCCAUGGCAUUUAUCUUUAUUUAAAUAUAAGUGUAUAAUUAAUAAUCAAAGCAGUAAUAUUGUUUGGUUUUCAUGGGUUGUUAUAGGGCAGGGGUCGGCAACCUUUACCAUUCAAAGAGCCAUUUUGACCCGUUUCACAAAGUAAAGAAGACAAUGGGAGCCGCAACCAUUCUCGCGAAUAUAUGCUGAUGGUCACCCAGAUAACAACAAUAAGGGCGUGCUUUGAAGCCAUUUCCUUUGACGCCUUCUACAACAUGUACGAACAGCUUGCACAAGAAUGACAAACACAUUUCGGGAGAACAUUCACAGUAACACAUUAUAAACGCAACAAAACAAUUACCCAGAAUCCCAUGCAUCCAUGACUAUUUCAGGCUUUAUUAUACACCCCGCUAUCACCAACCCCCCCACCCCUUUCCGUGCGUCGGUUGAGCUGGGUGGGGUUGGUGAUGCCGGGGUGUAUAUUAUAAGAGUCAUGGAUGCGUGGGAUUCUGGGUAAAUAUUAUGUUGCGUUUAUGUUGUGUUACUCUGAGGAUGUUCUCCCAAAAUGUGUUUGUCAUUCUUGUUUGUUGUGGGUUCACAGUGUGGCGCAUAUUAGUAAGUGUUAAAAAGUUGUUUAUAUCACAACCUUCAGUGUAACCUGUAUCACCCAGUAUGCCUUGCAAUCUGGUACAUGUGGCGAUAGAAGCAGCGAAAUGCAUGCAUCCGGUCGGCAUGCAGAUACCAUGGCGUAAAGGCGGGCCCGAUGACAUGUUGUAGAGGACAUUAAAUGUAAAGUCAUCACGGCAUGCCCUCAAUAUUGUACUCUGAGUGGAAAUCAUAGAAUGUGGACCCCGGGUGAUGUUCGGAAGAGGCACCGAAAUCCGGAAUUCCCCCUUAACAAUCUGGGGGGUCGGCGAUGAUGCAGCUGAACCACAUCAGCGUGGCCAGAGUCGCGGGUUGCCGACCCCUGGUAUAGGGCAUACUUGCCAACCCUCCCAAAUUUUCCGGGAGACUCCUGAAUUUCAGUGCCUCUCCCGAAUAUGUCCCGGGAGAACCAUUCUCCCAAAUUUCUGCCGAUUUCCAGCCGUAACGUCCACUUUUCCUCCGGAUAAACAGCGUGCUGGCCCAGUCACGUUCUAACAUCCACGGCUUUUGGAGCUCAAUGCGCAACUGCACACACAACAAGAAGGAGACUAUUAUAUAUGUCUCCGUUAUCCAUAGGUUUAUCUAUAACCCAUAAAGUAGGCAGGCAAGGAUCUAUUUCUCAGCGUGUGUUUAUUCCAGCCGGCACGUUAAUACACUGACACACAACAUCCGGAAUCCCAUCAUGCAUUGCUUCAAAACUACGGCAAGUAGUAAUGUCCAAAAACAUAUAGUGACAGAGCAUAGAACGAGGAUGGAAAAUUCAACCCUUAACUCACUCCUUUCCUGCAAAUUAAAUGUCACAGAUGCUGCCCAUACCUAUGCUCCUUCAAAGGCUUUGCUACUGGCUGCAAAGCAUUGCACUUUCAAAUACUACAAAGAAAAGAGAGGAGUGUUAUGUGUGAAUAUGUGUAAAUAAAUGAACACUGAAAUUCAAGUAUUUUUUAUAUAUAUAAGAAAUACUUGAAUUUCAGUGAAUUUUAGCUAUAAAUAUUUUAGCUAUAAAUAUACUCCUCCACCCUUAAACCCUGACCCCUGUAUCCCCAAUCUCCCGAAUUCGGAGGUCUCAAGGUUGGCAAGUAUGGUAUAGGGGCCAAAAUCAUAAUACAUGUCAUAUUGCAAUUUUCAUGUCUCCCAACAGUCGACAUAUUGUGACAAUGUUUUCUUUGCCUGAUUGAACCGUUAUUUACUAAUUGGCUUGUGUGAAACAAGCAUUGUAUUUACUGUAUAAAUCUCGAGGUUUGUUGAUGUCAAUGGAUCCAACACAUUUGCGUUUGUACAUAAGAUAUUUGUAAUAUAAAUGUAAUAAAUCUGUUAAUGUUAUGUUUAAAUUGCAAUAAAACAUGUACAGUACAGUGAAAA